UCUUCCUGUGGACUCUGCCUCCUUAUUCACGGAGAUGCCUUGGCGGAGUCCAGGGUCCCUGGGCCGAGCUGUCAGCUGGGUCACCAAGACACCUGCCAAGGAAACAAAAUAUGAAUUCCAAGGAACUGGGCCUAGUUUCCCUCACAGACGACACCAGGCAUGCUGAGCCUCCAGGGCCAGGGAGGGCACUGCCAGAGUGUGACCACCUGAGGAGCGGGGUGCCAGGUGGGAGGAGAAGCAAGGACUGGUCCUGCUCGCUGCUCGUGGCCUCCCUCACCGGCGCCCUGGGCUCCUCCUUCCUCUACGGCUACAACCUGUCGGUGGUGAACGCCCCCACCCCGUACAUCAAGGCCUUUUACAAUGAGUCAUGGCAAAGAAGGCAUGAACAUCCAAUAGACCCGGACACUCUGACUCUGCUCUGGUCUGUGACUGUAUCCAUAUUCGCCAUCGGUGGACUUGUGGGGACGUUAAUGGUGAAGAUGAUUGGAAAGGUUCUUGGGAGGAAGCACACUUUGCUGGCCAAUAAUGGGUUUGCAAUUUCUGCUGCAUUGCUGAUGGCCUGUUCGCUCCAGGCAGGAGCCUUUGAAAUGCUCAUCGUGGGACGCUUCAUCAUGGGCAUAAAUGGAGGCAUUGCGCUCAGUGUGCUCCCCAUGUACCUCAGUGAGAUCUCACCCAAGCAGAUCCGUGGCUCUCUGGGGCAGGUGACCGCCAUCUUCAUCUGCAUUGGUGUGUUCACUGGGCAGCUGCUGGGCCUGCCUGAGCUGCUGGGAAAGGAGAGUACCUGGCCGUACCUGUUUGGAGUGAUUGCAGUCCCUGCCGUUAUCCAGCUGCUGAGCCUGCCCUUUCUCCCCGACAGCCCAUGCUACCUGCUGUUGGAGAAGCACAACGAGGCGAGAGCUGUGAAAGCCUUCCAGACGUUCUUGGGUAAAGCAGACGUUUCCCGAGAGGUAGAGGAGGUCCUGGCUGACAGCCGCGUGCAGAGGAACAUCCGCUUGGUGUCUGUGCUGGAGCUGCUGAGAGCUCCCUAUGUCCGCUGGCAGGUGGUCACCGUGAUCGUCACCAUGGCCUGCUACCAGCUCUGUGGUCUCAAUGCGAUUUGGUUCUAUACCAACAGCAUCUUUGGAAACGCUGGGAUCCCUCCGGCAAAUAUCCCAUACGUCACCUUGAGUACAGGGGGCACCGAGACUUUGGCCGCUAUCUUCUCUGGCUUGGUCAUUGAGCGCCUGGGACGGAGACCCCUUCUCAUUGGUGGCUUUGGACUGAUGGCCGUCUUCUUUGGGACCCUCACCAUCACACUGACCCUGCAGGACCGUGCCCCCUGGGUCCCCUACCUGAGUAUCGUGUGCAUUCUGGCCAUCAUCGCCUCCUUCUGCAGUGGGCCAGGUGGCAUCCCGUUCAUCUUGACCGGUGAGUUCUUCCAGCAAUCUCAGCGGCCGGCUGCCUUCAUCAUCGCAGGCACAGUCAACUGGCUCUCCAACUUUGCUGUUGGGCUCCUCUUCCCAUUCAUUCAGAGAAGUCUGGACACCUACUGUUUCCUAGUCUUUGCUACAAUUUGUAUCACAGGUGCUACGUACCUAUACUUUGUCUUGCCUGAGACCAAAAACAGAACGCAUGCAGAAAUCAGCCAGGCAUUUUCCAAAAGGAACAAAGCACACCCACCAGAAGAGAAAAUUGACCCAGCUGUCACUGAUGAUAAGACAAACGGAAGGCCUGAACCAGAUUUCUCCUCCACGUUGGACAAUUACGUCAAAAACAGGAUGGUCUAAAUGGAUGAUCUCACCUUUCAGGAAACUAAAAAUUUAACCAUUAUUGGGAGGCCUAAAUGAAUCGAAGCUAUGCAAGUCUUUUAUAUUAUUAAGUAUUUACAGGUAAACCUGCACUAAUCUAACAUUGCAACUGUGUUAGCAUUAUUCACAACUGAAUCUCCCAAACUCUUCUGGAAGCUGCAAGGAAUCACUAUGUUUCAGUAGACCCAAUGUUCUUCCAUGUAGGUUGAUGAUCUGCCUUCAUCAUGACUCAACCCAUGAUUUCAAAAUGAAAUUGGGGAAAUAGUAUGUUAAUGCUUUAUCAAAAAAAAAAAAAAAAAAACCAUUUGGUCUGACAGUGGACUCAAUGGAUUGGAAACCACAGAUUGAGGUUCUAGUUUCAGCUUUACUACAAGCAAACUUGACCUGUCCUCAGCUUGAGUCCCAGUGCCCCAAUGACCCUAGGCUUUCAUCCCAGAUAUAGGCUUUCGGACUUCAGUAGAAAGAUUGUUCAUAGUGCCUAAGAAAUGCCUUUUCCAAUAUCUGGCCUUAAAUCUCAGGCUUUGGAGAACCUAAUACCAACUCACCAGCCUGCAGAUUUUGUCUUUCCCGAACUGUGUUCCAGGAAUGGGCUCAAGACUUCAGGGCUGACGCCGUCCUCGCCCGAGACUAUUAGAGUCCUGUGUGCUCACAGAGAACAUGAAGAAGAGCAAUGUGUGGAAGACUUAACUUCCAGUAACUGCGGCAGGGACUGACCUCUAGCCAAAUGAAAAACAACAUUGAGAAUGAUUCUAAAGCUUGGUAGGAGGAAAAAAAAACAUUGUGAUUAAUUGGUGAUUCCUGCCACAAGUGUGUGGCCAAGAGUGUCAGCAUAUAGACCUCAUGUUUACCAAGUCUAGAAGAGAUUUCUCUAGAAAGAUAAUGAGCUGUCUUAAAAGAUGGGAAGUUCACCAUCACUCUAAGUGCUCAGGUGAAGACUGGGUGAUUUCUCAUCUUGACUGUUGCUAAGAAAAUCUGUAUCAACUUUGGAGGAAGGUGUUUGGAAUAGAUAUGUUGAAGGGCUCUUCUAACUCUUACAUGCUAGAGUUGUCUGGGUCAGAACCAUUUGCAGCCUGCCAUUGUAAUGUGUGGCUUGUAUUUUGGUUGAUUUCCUGUACUUGCUUCUAAAACAAAGUGCCCUACAGUGAAUUAAAGUGCACUUGAAUUAGCACCA